GUGUCAUUUAAUUGGCUCUCAUUUUUUAAAUUAAAUCUAAUUUGAUCAUUCAAAAGUCCAUUUUAACUGACCAGCCCGCAACAUUACAUAGAGCUUUGAAUGGAAAAAUUAAAGAUGAAAAAUGGCUGCUUUGGACAUGCCUGGACAAAGUUAAAAAAAACUAAAUAAAAAAAUCGAAAAGUUGCGAAUUUGAAGUAAAUUUCUCAGUUGAAAAAGAUACCGAGCUCCGUAGUCCUGUUUAUGAUAACAAUAUAAAAGUGACAAAAUAAAAAAAAACAGGUAAAAUUGUUGUACUUAAAAUACAUUUGCAAUAUUAAAUGCUCAAUUGUGAACGUUUAAAAUUUGUUGAAGAUCCCUAGAGAAUUGUAGGAAUAAGGUCUCACCGGUUUAAAUCUCUCUGUAACUAUACUGUAUAUAAGCGCUCGCAAGAUUUGUUCUAUGAAACUUUAGUAUAAUAAACACGAUGGAUAAAGAAAGUUUGCACGAACGUUACGAAGAACUAAGAGAGCUCGUUUUUAAAGAGUCCAGCCUUGAAUUGCUAGGUGUUCUGGAGGAGUUAGGUGGAUCGAUUGUUUCAAAAAGGUUCGAAAGUGUUUUACAAUAUAGUGAUGCUCGAAAAACUCGCAUAUUUCCUUUGGAUAUUGUUUCUAUUUUCAACGAGCUUGCUGAAGACGAAGAUAAGAAGGAUUUGAGUAAAAUUAAAACGGCUCACUUUUUGAAUUGGUGUGGUCAUGUGCUAUGUUGGGCCCAUUUGAUCAUUGAUGAUGUAAUUGAUAAUGGCCAAACGAGAUAUGGAAGGGCCUGCUGGCACCGAAAAAACAAUGUUGGUUUAUCAGCAAUUAACGAUGCACUUUUAUUGGACAAAUCAGUAACGUAUCUUAUGAGUAAAAAGUUGCAAAAGGAAUUUCAAGAUAUUUUGCAUGAACAAAUGUUGUGUUUAUGUGCUGGUCAAACUUUGAACGAUUUGUUGAGUAAGAUCUCGGAUCUUCACAAAAUUAAUGGAACUGUAUAUGAGAAAAUGUGUACAGUCCAGAACUCAUCACUUGUAACAUUUCCGUUCAUGCUAGGAAUGCAACUUGCAGGGAAAGCAAAUAAGAUAUCAGAUGAUCGAAUUAAACCUGUGUUAUUGAAAAUAGCAGUAUUAUUACAAAUGCUGAACGAUUAUCAAGAUUUGUACGUAGACUCAAAACUUUUGGGGAAAGACGGAACGGAUAUUCAACAACGAAAAUGCACGUGGUUUGCAGCCAACUUCUUGGAAAAGGCAUUCCCAGAAAAGAGGGAAUCUUUUAAACGUAUUUAUGGUUCGGAAGAUCCCGAUAGAGUCACUGAUGUAGAAGCCCUUUAUUCAAGUUUACAGAUGAAGGAAGAAUUUUACAAGCACAAAAAUGAUCUGUGUGCAAUAAUUGAUACCGAAAUCGCAAGCAUCAAGGAUGCAAAAUUUCGACAAGCUUUGUAUUCAGUUUACCAGAAAUCGAUUGGCGCAAAAAUAGAAGAAGCGCAUUUUUGAUAAGAUAUUUUAAGGAAUGCGGUGUUGAUUCUUUUAGAAGCAUUUCAAAUAAAUCCGAUUGUUCUCCUGUUCAUUCUUGACUUGAUUUGUAGGUAGGAUUCUAACGGUUGGAUAAAUCAAUAAAUUGAAAGUGAAUUGAGAAUAAUAAUCUGUAUAA